AUGUACUUUUCAUUAUAGUUUAAUUGUAAUACACGUGCAAUUUGUAUUCAAUUAAAUUGAUUAUUCAAAUUAUUAAUUUGUAAAUAUUAUCUAGUUUUUUUUUUCUUUUUUGUGAUUGACAGUGAAAAUAUCCAAUCGUCUGUUACGCUUUGAUGGCCGUCUAACCUCAAUAACGGUUGUAUACCAUUUGCCCUGCCUCCUGUCCUGGUUGAGCCUCAGCAAGAUAAUGUAACGUUCACCGAGCAUUGGAUUAAGUUAUAUGAACAGUAAUUUAGAUUCAUAACCUUAAAAACCGCAGUAAGUGUGACGAAGCCCGUAAGUAAGUUUGCCAAGACUUAAACACAAUGGUGAAACAUAACAAAUGACAAGGCGAGGUAAAAGUAGCUAGCGUGUAACGGUUUUGUACACUUGCUUAACUAACUUUAACUUUACUAGCUAAGUUAACUUGUUGAGUGAAACUUCUGUGACGUUUUCUAAUGUUGUCGGUUUUGCUUUAAUGAAGUGACAGUGUUUUAUGGAGUUAACCUGCAGAGUGUAUGUUUUUCAGUUAUUAGCUAAACUUUGAGCAACAGAGCCAAUUUGAGUAUGCUCCAGAGGCUCGCUGCGUCCCUGCCGCGGCCCGCUGCUGCUCCCUUCUUGGCGGCGGUACGAUGCGUGUCCUCGGGCUCAGUGGACAUCACGGUCCCGCUGAACUUCUGGGCUGGCAAGAGAUGGACGAGCCAAGAGAAAUGCAACAAGGAAAAGGUUUACGAACCUGCAACAGGGCGAGUCUUGUGCCAUUUGGAGCCGUGUGGUGCUGUGGAGGUUGAUCAGGCUGUGACGGCUGCCAAGUCAGCCUUUGGCCAUUGGAGCAAAAUGUCUGGGAUGGAGAGGGCGAGGAUCAUGAUAGAAGCUGCCCAUAUCAUUGAGAGCAGGAGAGAGGAGAUAGCUGAAAUGGAGGUGGUCAACAAUGGGAAGUCCAUCACAGAGGCCUGUCUGGAUGUGGACUCUGCCAGACUGUGUAUAGAGUAUUAUGCAGGGCUGGCCAGCACUCUGGCAGGCCAGCAUGUGCAGCUGCCUGGGGGAUCCUUUGCCUACACCCGCAGGGAGCCUCUGGGAGUCUGUGUCGGCAUCGGUGCUUGGAAUUAUCCUUUUCAGAUAGCUGCCUGGAAAUCAGCUCCAGCCCUGGCCUGUGGCAACUCCAUGGUGUACAAGCCAUCACCAGUGACGCCUGUGACAGCGGUCAUGCUGGCAGAGGUCUAUGCCGAGGCUGGAGCUCCAGAGGGGCUGUUCAACGUGGUGCAGGGUGGCCAGGAGACUGGCAGCCUACUCUGCCACCACCCAGACGUCGCUAAGGUGUCCUUCACUGGGAGCGUGCCCACAGGCAAGAAGAUUAUGGAGAUGGCAUCCAAGGGGGUGAAGCCUGUGACUCUGGAGCUUGGGGGGAAAUCUCCUCUGCUCAUCUUUCAGGACAGUGAUCUGGAGAACGCUGUGAAGGGAGCUCUCAUGGCCAACUUCCUGUCUCAAGGCCAGGUCUGUAGCAACGGUACAAGGGUCUUUGUUCAGAAGGAUAUUCUGCCUGAGUUUGUGGAGGAGGUGGUGAAGAGGACCCGGGUGAUCGAGAUAGGAGAUCCACUACUGGAGAGCACUCGAAUGGGAGCACUGGUCAGCCGACAACACCUGGAAAAAGUCCUGUCCUUUGUUGAUCAGGCAAAGAAAGAGGGAGCUACAGUGUUGUGCGGAGGUGAACCUUUUGUCCCAUCAGAUCCCAAACUCAGAGGUGGAUACUACAUGACUCCAUGUGUAUUGAGUGGCUGCACAGAUGAGAUGACCUGUGUGAGGGAGGAGAUCUUUGGUCCUGUCAUGUCUGUGUUGUCUUUUGAAACAGAAGAGGAGGUGCUGCAGAGAGCCAAUGACACCACCAUGGGUCUGGCUGCAGGAGUUUUCACCAGGGAUGUGAGGCGAGCCCAUCGUGUGGUGGAACACCUCAAGGCUGGUUCCUGUUUCAUCAACAACUACAACAUCACUCCUGUGGAGGUGCCCUUUGGAGGCUUCAAAAUGUCAGGCAUAGGCCGGGAGAACGGCCAGGUGACAAUUGAAUACUACUCCCAGCUGAAGACUGUGUUUGUGGAGAUGGGAGAUGUGGACAGCUUAUUCUAAGACACACACGCACACCGAGAGGAAGGUGGAGCUGUAACGCUGACCCAGAGACUGAAACAGAGGGUCUGGACCAGAACAACACUUCCAUCAUUCAAGGCAAGACCAUCAAACGUUAGUGGGUUAGUCAAAGUGAUGAGACACACGCCUCGAUCAAGGGAGCUCAAGUCUGUCCUGAAAAUGAUUUUUCAAUAUUUUCUGAAUGUGAGGUAAAUGUAACACUGAGGCAAUCUGAAACAAAUAGCUAUGGAAAUGUGGAAUAGUGGAUUUUUGACAUUUGAAUCCGAAACACAUUUGAAUUAACAUUGUCAUCUGUGCCAAAUGGAUCAAAUUAAAGAUUGUUCUUAGUAUUUACUGAACCUUGAUUUCAGCUACUAAAGCAUAGAUAUGAGUUGCAUAUUUAUAAUAUAUUCUGUCAUCCAUCUACAGAAUAACAUUUUUACAUGUCAGACUUUAUUUCUUGAACAAUACACAUUAAUAUAUUUUUAUACACACAAAAUACUAAAAAAUGAAGCACUUUGAACAUUGUUUUGAUUAAAUUCAUCAGAUUGUACUCUCAUGUACGUUUUUUGUACAAUGUUGUCUACAUUAGAACUCUGACAGUGACAUCCUACCUUGUGGGUAGAGAGAAUUAUGUAAGAAACUUGUCUAACACAUUUGCGUAUCAAAUCAAUUGUAACAUAACAUGAAACAGUGUUUAAAAUUUCAAUAAAAUGAAGAAAUUGUUCAUGUUUA